AUGGAAUAAAAAGAUUAUCCUUCAAUAGAUAAACAAUUAGAUUCUAUUUUUAAGUUUUUAUAGUAAAACUAAGAUGAAAAAAUAUGUUUUAUGAUAACUUGCUAAUUACAUAUUUAAUAUAAAAGCAGAUAAUAUAAUGGAAUAACUUUUAGGCAUGAUUCUGAUGGUAGAUUUAGUGGUGAAUGCUUUUUAAAAAUAAAAGAAGAUGAAUUAAUUCAAAAAAUAAAAGAAAAACAUUUGAAAAGAAUGGGAAGUAGAUAUAUAGAAAUAUUUUUUGCUAAGGAAAGAUGA